AUGUUAUCAACUGAGGAAACUUCAUUAGCUUCUAAUAAUACUCAAACAUCAGAUUCAUCUUCACAUCAUAUUCCUGAUCAUGAAGGUGGAAUUCAUUUUAAUCCACCUCUCUAUCGACAACGUUAUAUGUUUACACUUGAUAUAAUUCAACGUGAUCCUAGUCUUCAUUCAUUACUUGAUAUCGGUUGUGGUACAUGUCAAUUAUUAACCAUCGGUAAAUAUCGUAAUCCUCAUAUACAAUUAGUUGCUGCUAUUGAUAUUAUUCGAUAUCAACUUGAUGAAGGAUGCUUUAGGUUAAAACCAUUACCUGUUGAAUAUAUGAUAUUUCGUCGUGACACUCCAUUACAUACGUAUGUAUUACAUGGUGAUGCUACAAAAAUAUGUAAUUGUUUUCAACAUUUUGAUGUUGUUACACUUAUUGAAGUUAUUGAACAUUUAUAUUUAAAUGAUUUAGAAAAUUUAGUUAAACAUGUAUUUGGUUAUAUAUGUCCACGAAUGGUUAUUAUAACAACACCAAAUGCUGAUUUUAAUGUACUUUUUACAACAAUGAUUUGUGGAAAAUAUCGUCAUGCUGAUCAUAAAUUUGAAUUUACUCGUCAUGAAUUUAAUAUAUGGUCAGAAAAAAUUGCUCAUACAUAUGGUUAUUUAGUUGAAUUUAAUGGUGUUGGUGAAGCUCCAUCUAAUGAAAAACAUCGAAAUAUUGGUACAUGUACACAAAUUGCUAUUUUUUAUCGUCAAAAUAAUACAAUAAAAACAAUAUUAACAUCAAAUGAAUUUUAUCAACGUUUAUCUUAUUGUAAUAAACAUGAACUUAUUAGUUUUAUUGAUUAUCCAUAUGGUAUUAAUAAAUCUAUUGAUAUUCAAGAACAAAUUCGUUAUAUUCUUAAUAUGUAUCGUUUAAUGGCUGAAGAUAAAGCUCGACAUGGUGAUGAUAAUCAUGAUGCAUUACCAUUAACAAUUGAUUGUCAAACAUUAAUUAAUCAUCCACGUUUAAUAGAAUUUAAUAUAACAGAAGAUAAUUUAAAACAAAUUCUUGAAAAUAUUGGUUAUAAAAUGCUUGAUAAUCAUCAAAUAAUACUUUCUGAAGAUCCAUUAACAGAUAAACAUGAAGAUUAUCAUUCAGAUGAUUAUAAUCAAAAUUCAAUGAAUAAUCAAAAUGAAAUAGUAAAAACUAAUCAACAAUAUAAUCAAAAUGAAGAAUGUUGGGAUUAA